AUGCUUUUUGUUUUGAGGCCUCCAACAUGCAAAAUUAUUGAGAUUCCAGCUCAAAAAGAAAAUAUUCAAUCAAUAUUCAUACAAGCUGUAGCUUCAGAUUUUAUCGCACAUCAACAAAUAAGAACAGAAACUCAAAUGUGGGUCAAAUUGACAAAGGAGAGUGAGAUGGAAGAAAUAAAUGUCGCUUUAAUUAUUCACAAAUGGAACAAUGUUGAAGUUGAAUUAAAUGCUAAGCUUAUACAAAGAUGCAUUAACAUAAGUAAGCAGUGUGAUGAGAAGAAGUCUUGUGUAACUUAA